AAAAGACUAACGUAGCUGCGUAUUGACGUCAACACUGCGGAAAGUAGUGGUGGGAGGAGGUGGCCGCCAUCUUGGUUUAUCAUCGGAGGCACCAGGAGUGGCUACCUUUUAACCACAAUGGGAAAGAGAAACUGAUGCCAAUAUCACCAUGAUCGGGGGACUUUUCAUCUAUAAUCACAAGGGGGAGGUCCUCAUCUCCCGGGUGUACAGAGAUGACAUUGGGCGUAAUGCAGUUGAUGCAUUCCGCGUCAAUGUCAUCCACGCCCGGCAGCAGGUGCGUUCCCCCGUUACAAAUAUCGCCCGCACCAGUUUCUUCCAUGUCAAGCGUUCUAACAUCUGGUUGGCGGCUGUAACCAAGCAGAAUGUCAAUGCUGCCAUGGUGUUUGAGUUCCUGUACAAGAUGUGUGAUGUAAUGACUGCUUACUUUGGCAAGAUCAGUGAAGAGAACAUCAAAAACAACUUUGUUCUGAUCUAUGAGCUGCUAGAUGAAAUACUGGACUUUGGUUAUCCUCAGAACUCAGAGACUGGUGCACUGAAAACUUUCAUCACUCAACAAGGGAUUAAAAGUCAGACCAAGGAGGAACAGUCACAGAUCACUAGCCAGGUGACAGGACAGAUUGGUUGGAGACGUGAGGGGAUCAAAUACCGCCGGAAUGAAUUAUUUCUUGACGUUCUGGAAAGUGUAAACUUGUUAAUGUCCCCACAAGGGCAGGUACUCAGCGCACAUGUGUCUGGCCGGGUAGUUAUGAAAAGCUACCUGAGUGGUAUGCCGGAAUGCAAAUUUGGAAUGAAUGAUAAGAUUGUCAUUGAAAAACAAGGCAAAGGAACUGCUGAUGAGACGGGCAAGACGGGCAAACAAUCCAUUGCCAUAGAUGACUGUACAUUCCACCAGUGUGUCCGUCUCAGCAAGUUUGACUCUGAGCGCAGCAUUAGUUUCAUACCUCCAGAUGGAGAGUUUGAGCUGAUGAGGUACCGUACCACAAAAGACAUAAUUUUGCCAUUCCGUGUUAUUCCUCUUGUGCGUGAAGUGGGUCGUACAAAACUGGAGGUUAAGGUGGUUAUUAAAUCAAAUUUCAAGCCCUCCUUGCUCGCCCAAAAAAUUGAGGUUCGUAUACCAACUCCUCUCAAUACCAGUGGUGUACAAGUCAUCUGCAUGAAGGGUAAAGCAAAGUACAAGGCCAGCGAGAAUGCCAUUGUUUGGAAGAUAAAGCGCAUGGCUGGAAUGAAGGAAUCUCAGAUCAGUGCUGAGAUUGAGCUUCUGCCGACCAAUGAUAAGAAAAAAUGGGCUCGACCACCAAUUUCCAUGAACUUUGAGGUUCCAUUUGCGCCGUCCGGUCUAAAGGUUCGAUACUUAAAGGUUUUUGAGCCCAAACUGAACUACAGUGACCAUGAUGUGAUUAAAUGGGUUCGCUAUAUUGGACGAAGUGGAAUCUAUGAAACACGGUGUUGAAGAAUUGGAUCUCUGAGAGUGAAAGGAAAAGCCUUCAUCAUUAACUCUCCAUCUUCUCUUACUUGUUAAAUGGUGUUAGCCCGAUGACUUCAGAAAAUGGAAGGGUUUGUCUCCUGACUAGGGUGGAAGGUGAUGCUCCAUUUUUCUGCUUGACCAUUAGUCACUUUUCUUAGAACUCAUUCAGUGCUGAAGCUUGGAUAACACAAUUUCAGCUCUGAAUGCAUUAACCAUGCAUACAGGAGCCUAGGUGGGAUUUCCUCUGCACCCUGUGGUCCCUAUCUUAUUGUGCUGUGGUUUUGAUUCCUCACCAACACCAUUCUACAUAUUCUUUUAACCCAUUCGGUUUUCGAAAUAUUGCUGGCAGAUGGUAUUCCUGUGUAGUGCUCUCUACACGCUCCUUAUCCUGGCCCUCCUUUAUACAACAUUGUGAUAAUUAGUACUCCUUUUGCAACUAAAUGUUGGGAUGCAAUCACAUACCAGCAAAAUAUCUGAGUGGGGAAAACCAUGGUGCCGGCAGCAGGUUUUGCGGGGUGGAGUUGUGUCCUGGAGUGAUGCACCUUUUUUUUUUUUUUUUUUUUUUUAUUGCAGUAGAAGUAAAUGUACUUUGUUGGAAAGCUCAAUUAAAUUCCCAUUUGAUCAUCCUAUAACAAACUACCACUGCUGCUUUUCCAUUACUUAAGAAAUGUAAUACUACAUAACACACGUCCCUAUUUUUUCCAAAACUUUUUUUGUAAUAUUUUAAACCUAUUCACUGUUGGGGAGUGUAAAUAUUUAACCACAUCACUAGCAAAGUCCAAACACUAGUGCUACAAUUAAUUGGACGGGCACCCACACCUGCUUGUGUGACCUGUGUGGUCCUGUGACUUCUCACUAAUAUCCAUGUGCUCCUUGUGCUGUGAUUGCUGUUUUUCUUUGUGAUGGUCAUUAUACACCUAAUAAACAGUGUAGAAUUAAA